GUGGAGGUGACCGUGCGGCCUGGUUGACGGCGGCUGUUUGAUUCUGUCCUUCAGGCCCGGCGAUCAGUGCAACCCCUCCGCCCUUCACCUUCCCCCACGUUGGAAAUGGCCACGAAAGUGUUGGAAACCAUUGGCAAGUUUGGCCUCGGUCUGGCCGUUGUUGGAGGAGUCGUCAACUCGGCGCUUUAUAACGUUGAUGCUGGACACAGAGCAGUGAUAUUUGAUCGAUUUCGUGGUGUUCAAGAUGUUGUUUCUGGAGAAGGCACGCACUUUCUAAUUCCAUGGGUACAGAGACCAAUUAUCUUUGAUUGUCGAUCACGACCACGAAACGUUCCCGUCAUCACAGGUAGCAAAGAUUUACAGAAUGUAAACAUCACACUGCGUAUCCUAUUCAGGCCAGUGACCGACCAACUACCGAGGAUUUAUACCAGCAUAGGUGAAGAUUACGAUGAGAGAGUACUGCCAUCCAUCACAACAGAAAUUCUGAAGUCUGUCGUUGCCCGAUUUGAUGCUGGUGAACUCAUCACACAGAGAGAGCUUGUGUCCAGACAGGUUAGCGAGGAUCUGACUGAGAGAGCUUCCACUUUUGGACUCAUCCUGGAUGAUGUGUCUCUGACACAUUUGACCUUUGGCAAAGAGUUCACGGAAGCUGUAGAGCUUAAGCAAGUUGCACAACAGGAAGCUGAGCGAGCCAGAUUUGUUGUUGAAAAGGCUGAGCAACAGAAAAAGGCAGCUGUGAUUUCUGCUGAAGGAGACUCCAAAGCUGCCGAGCUGAUAGCUAACUCUCUCUCAAAAGUUGGCGAUGGCUUGAUUGAACUAAGGCGGCUUGAAGCAGCAGAAGACAUUGCCUUCCAACUCUCAAGAUCCCGUAAUGUAACCUAUUUACCGUCUGGGCAGUCAACACUACUCCAGCUACCCACACAUUAACAGAGAACUUUGUCAUAUUGUAUUGUGUGUCCAAGAUGGCUAACUUUUUUUCUAUAUACUUAAUGUCCAUUUCUCAAUAUAACCUUUCAUACAGAAAAUUCCAUUGACAGAUGAGGAUUAGAAAGAAUGAUGUUAAGAAAUAUCAAUCAAUAAUUGGUUCUACAUUUGAUUUUCUUUCUAUUGUCUUUACUGAGUGCUGCACUUGGCUUUUUGCCAAUUGUGGCUGAUGUCGUUUAUACUGUCGUCUGUAGUAAUCCUCCUGGAUAACAAUAGAAUUUGCUAGCUAAUAGGCCACAAAUAGCAGGAGAUGACAAAAUUCAUUUUUAGUUAAAUUACUGAAAACUUCUGCAUUUCAUCAGAAUGUGGAGCAGAUUGUUACUCAAAUUCUGCAAUUUACAGUGUGCAGUAAAAAAGACAUGCAUUUUGCGACAAAAGCAUAAUGUGCUGGAAAUUUGGGAUUAAAAUCAGUGGAAGUGUGACUAAUGUCGUGACUGCUGUUUCAAUACAAAGCUGAAGAAUGCUUCAGAGCCUUAUUAUGUUUCUGUAUCCAUUCUGUACUUUGCAUAGCCAGUGUGUAAAGGUAUAUUUAAUGAUUUGUAAUGGAUACACAAAUUUUAAUUUCUUUUUAAAUCAAAAUAAAUGCACUGAUGCCACUGA